GCAGGAACUUUCUCUUUGCUUGUUUUUUAGGGUGUUAGCGUACGCAUAUGGUCAAAACUAUUAAAAAAGAUAGAGAAACGGUAUCGUAUUGGAAUAUUAUAUUCAAGUUGGUGUUGAUUAUUCUCCCCCCUUCAUUUCUUUUAUUAUUGGAUUUUCGAGUUUUAUAUGAUUACUAUUAAACGAGUUGGUAACCGCUGCUCCAAUCAUAAGGAGGUUGGUCUUGUUUGGCAAGGAAUUUAAAUCUCUUGGGAUUGCUGUUUGUCUCCGAUUCUGGGAGAUAGUCUCAUAGUCUUUGCUUGCAUAGACUUUUCCUACUUCAAUUAAGCUCAACACAAUUCAUUUCCCAGAGCUUGCUUUCAGUUUCAGGAUUCUGUACUUCAGUAGUUGAAAAUAUAUAUAGAUGGGAAUUACCAAUUCAUACUGGUGAUCCUGCCUUCAAGUUCUGAUUAGUCGAGCUUUUGGACAAAGUGGAGGCAACAGACUAUGGCUACAUAUUUCCAAAAUUUAAGUAACCAAAAUUUGUUGACCCCCUAUCCAGGGGAUGAGAAGCUUGCUUCUUAUCCUGAACAGCCUAGUAACAUGAUGAUGUAUUUGAAUCAAGCUUCAUAUCCUGGAUCCUACACCGAGGUGUUGCCCGGCGGCUCUUUCUCCCCAAACAAAUGCAUUGAGUCUGAUGGUGGUAGGAAUGAAAUGAUGUUUAUUCCACCUACAAGCGGCCCGGUCAGAGAUUGUGUUGGUGGAGAUUCAUUGUUAGGGUCUCUUGAUGGCAAACAUGGUAUGCAGGAUCAUGGAUUGUCUCUUAGCCUUUCCACACAAAUUCCACCUGCGGUUUCUGUUCCUUCAUUUCAGUACCAGUAUCUGAAUUCAAGUCUCCCUUCGGUGUUGAGCACUUCUCAAUUCCUAGGGAAGGGAGAAUUCCAAUGUAAAGGUGAUGAUUACAGCCAGAGUGACCUGUUUAGAAACUUUGAAAAUUUGACAUCCGGUCUAUAUGACUCACUCAAAACACAGAAUCUCUCCAAUCCUAUGUGCCCUAUGGUUCCCAAAGAAAUGCAAUCCGAAGCAUACUUGUAUGACUCAUCAGGUUUGUCCAACUCUUUAUCAAACACCAAGUACCUCAAGGCAGCUCAGCAAUUGCUUGAUGAAGUGGUAAAUGUACGAAAGGCUUUGAAUCAGUCUAGAUCGAACAAACAUCAAAGAACAGAUGGCUCAAAAGAGAACAAUGGGACAAAUAUGUCAUCCGAUCGUAGUGAGGCAAAUGCUGUGUCAUCAGUUGAGUUAUCACCGGCAGAAAGGCAGGAUUUGCAGAACAAAAAGACCAAACUUUUGUCCAUGUUGGAUGAGGUAGAUCGAAGAUACAAGCACUACUACCAUCAAAUGCAAAAUGUGGUGUCCUCUUUUGACAAGGCUGCUGGGAAUGGCGCUGCAGCACCAUAUACAGCAUUAGCUCUACAAGCUAUUUCCCGUCAUUUUCGUAGUUUGCAUGAUGCAAUCAAGGGCCAGAUUCAAGCGGCACAAAAAAGCCUGGGAGAGAAAGAUGCUCCAUCAGAAGCUCAAGGAGAAGUAAUACCUCGCCUUCGUUACGUGGACCAGCAGCUCAGACAGCAAAGGGCAUUGCAGCAGCAUGGUGUAAUGCAACAUUCUUGGAGACCUCAAAGGGGACUUCCUGAAAGCUCUGUCACAAUCCUUCGCGCUUGGUUGUUUGAACACUUCCUUCUCCCGUACCCAAAGGAUGCUGAAAAGGUUAUGCUAGCAAGGCAGACAGGGUUAACCAGAAACCAGGUUGCCAAUUGGUUUAUUAAUGCAAGGGUACGUCUUUGGAAGCCGAUGAUUGAGGAAAUGUACAAAGAAGAAUUUGGGGAAGACAUGGAUUCAAAAUCUUCACCAGAAAAUAGGCUAAAAGAAGCAAGAGUUGAAUUUUCAUCGGAGGAUAGGAGAGAUGAGUUACAGGAAAGCCUGAUGUCUGCGACAGCUGAUAGUGUCGAACCAGGCCAAUUGCAUGACUCAAAGUCUGGAAUAACAAAGUUACAAGAUCAUGAUCAAAGGCUUAAUGCAGACAACCGCAGUGUUUAUCUGAAUCCCAACGAGAAUGCAGUUGCUACAUAUAAUAUGUCAGGGUUGGGGAAUGCAGUUGGUAAUGAGGUCUCUCUUGCAUUGGAGUUGCGGCACUGUGAGGAACGUGAUGGAUUUCCAGCACCUAAUGUAUCCGAAAUAAGAGGUAAUGAUCCAGAAGGGUCUUUAGAUUGUUACUAUGGAGAACCAGGGCAGCAGCUACAGGUUUGGCAAUUCACACCUGCUACAUGAUUUUGUAGUCUGAAGAAACUGAAGAACAUAAAUGGGAAUUCUUGUUUUGUUGCUUUAGCUGUGCUGAAUUCGAUUGCUUAUAGCUCGAGAACAUUGAAGCUGCUAGCAACGGAAUUAGAUGUAGAUGCGUGUAUCGUACCAACAUGUAAUAUAACAGAGAUUGGUGAUGAAUCCCUAGUCCUAGUCAUAUAUGUAAAGAAAAAUUGUAAAGAUAAGAUGAAGGAAUAUCUUGUGCAUUCCAUAAAUAAGGUACUUGAACAUUGCACUAUGCAUAAGUGCUCCAUGUCUAGUAGUCUCAUUU